AUGCUACCUCCCUCCGACAAGAGGCACGGGCCGGGUACGCAACCGCGCCCCGUACCGCUCCCGGAAGACAUCACCGUGAGCACAGAAGAAGGCGGAAGGAUUGGAGCUCCGGGGGCGAAAGCGACCUUACAGCAACAGACUGACGUAGGAAGAGGGUGCGACGAGGCGCCUGGAAGAGACAAGACAAUUGGAGAGACCUCCGGGACCACGGGUGUAUACAUAAGACCCAGCGCCGGGGAUGACUCGCGUCGACAAACGGACGGGGGCGAAGUCAAUGAAAAGAAGGGCAUGUAUGCAGAACCCUCAAAAGAUGAAAGUUCGUGUCGACAAACUGAACCGAACACCCUCGACGCUAGUGCGUCGCCUGACGGAGAUUCUCUGGCUCCUCGGGGUGCUACCUCCGUCCUGUCCCGGACCCUGCCUCGGGCCCGGGGCCCAUUGACCACCUUCACGGAAGAGACGAGGGCCGGUCGGGAGCACCCGGACUGGAUUGACGCUAUCUCCCGGGGCGAUAUGGCCGAACUUCCCGACUCCCGACAUGUGGAUAUCGAAGAACGGCACUACUGGAUCUGGCUCGUCGGGGCGGCGGGUGCGAUCGAGCCAGCACCAGAUGACGUGUCAUGUGGGGAGAAUGUCGCGGGGAAUAUUCGGACGUUCCGCGACCAGCCGUGGUGUUUUGGCUUUCUGCGCUCCGCGUUACGGGAGGCUCGCUGA